AUGUCCUCCGCCAACGAUAACGCUCCCUCGCCGCUCGCGGAUGGGGUGAGCAAGCGCAAACAAGGUUCGGCAGCAUGCGUCCAUUGUCACCGGCGCAAGGUCCGCUGUGAUGCCCGUGUUGUCGGAUUGCCUUGCACGAACUGUCGCGGCUCCGGAAAGGCCGACUGCCGCAUCCACGAGAAGAAAAAGCGUCUUGCGGUGCGGUCGAUUCUUGAUCCCGUUCCGAUCCGAUCUCGGCCUCUACCGACGUCAGAUCAUAUCGCCAACCCUUCGACUACAGCAGGAACACCAUUGCCUUCAAGUUUCCCAACCACGUUUCCAAGCGGCACUGGGACAACACCACUGGCAAGCAAUCUACAACAACAUGGAUUUCCGCCGAAUCCCGGGUCCGAAGCAUUCGUGCGGCAAAGCCCGGACUUGUCGCAUGCCCACGAGGCACACACGGAGAUGGAACAGCACCUCGUGAAACUCAUUGAUGAGGAAGAAUCUGGUCGAAGAGAAAUCCAAAGAGGCGUACGCGCAUUCUAUGUUGGUCAUGAACACUCCAAUAUGUCCUUCCUGAUCCGCCAGCAGCGAGAUCAGGAUGAUGAUGUGUACCAUUUCGCCAGCAACGAGAUCCCACGGCGACAAAUGAAAACCGGUCAUGAUCAGCUGCUCAUGGAUGCCCUCACUCUCCCCGAGCCCGCACUAGCGGAUGAGCUAGUGCAGGCAUACUUCACUUGCGUUAACCCGGGAUAUCCAAUAGUCGAUGAGGAUUUGUUCAUGACGCAGUACCGGAAUCGGGACCCUGCCGAUCCCCCGCCAAUCUUGUUGCUCCAAGCGAUUCUACUUGUUGGCUCACAUGUCUCUCGUCCGAAGGCGGAGCGAGAUGCGCUGAAAGAGAUCUUCUUCCGCCGUACCAAGUACCUGUUUGACAACCGCAUUGAGCGAAAUCGAGAUAUCCUCGUUCAAGUGGCGUUGAUUUUGACCUGGCACUCGGACAGUGCAGAUGACGAUGUUGCCGCAGAUGCUCACUUUUGGGUCGGUGUGGCUGCACGAAUCGCCACUGGGCUUGGAAUGCAUCGCAACCCGGUGUCUAGCCGUUUUGUCACCCGCGAUCGGCGGAUGUGGAGACGACUGUGGUUCAUCUUGGUCCAGUUCGACGUGAUGGUCUCUCUGUCAUACGGUCGUCCUCAAGCUAUCAACUUGGAUGAUUCAGACGUGUCUCCAUUGACCCUCGCCGAUUUCGAGAAUUGCGGGCCUCAUGUACAAUCUGACUUUGUGAUUCAUUUCACAGAGCUCUGUACUAUGAUUUCAUAUCUCAUCCGAGACCGAUUCGGGCUUCGCGCCACGGAUGAACGACGCAAGGCGGUUCUCCAGGAAGCCGAUGAGUCUCUGGCAAAUUGGUCUUUGAAGCUCCCUGAUAAUCUGCGCCUCCGAGCAUCUGACAUGGACCCGUGGUCUGCCAUGCUUCAUCUAACGUAUAACAAUUUCCUUAUUCUGCUGCAUCGGCCGCAUCCACGAGCGUCAGCGUACUCAGAUGACUAUGGUCCACACGACGCUGAGAUCUGUAGUGCUGCUGCUGGGGUCAUCGCUUCCAUCUUCGAAGAGCUCAGGCUCAAUGACCGCUUGAAGUUCCUCUGGUACACUGGCGUUCAUACCUUGUUCACGGCUAUGAUUCAAGUCCGGGUAGAGCUUCGGUUCUCUAAUCCAGUCCUCGCGAUCAACGCCCUGCGUCGCUUCGAUUCGGCAUCCUUUUCUCUCCGGGAACUGGCCGAAUAUUGGGUUCACGCAGGCACAAUCCUGCGCCUCUUCGAGGACUCGAAGCGUCUCCAAGAGGACCUCCGCAUGGCAACCAGUGGGGGACCCAAACCGUACGCUGCCGCCCAGGCUCAGCCCCCGCCGCCACCUCCCAUCAAGGCUUUGCAAGUUACCUCUCCUCCCGCUCCUGCAGCAGCCAUGCAGACUCCACGGCCGAUGUCCUUCGGUGUGCCCACACCCGAGCCCACCCCGAUGCAACAGACAACACUGUCGCCACAGGCAAAUCCGGGAUUCGAGAACUGGAUCACAGCACCGCUCAGGCUCAAUGCUGGCCCCUUGGAAAGGAACGACCCCUACUCGACCGCUAUGCAAGUCGAUCAGAUAGAUCAAUCUCGCGAUUACCCAGACUGGCGACAGCUCUUCUCCUUCACGGACUCCGAUCUGCCCGUUCCUAUGGCAAUGGAAGGUCUGAUGGAGCUCGAAGAUGAAUGGCGGCAGAUCUAUUGGCAGGACACCCCCAUGGCGGACCUCAUGCAAGAUGGCGGCUGGAUCCCCGGCUAG